GGCUCAUGCAUGCACAGCACCCGGGAGGCUGUGUUUUGUAGCGACUUUUGGUCUCAGCCUUGAGACAAAGUGGAACAACUAACAUUGUACAGGAAGAACUGAAGCAUGCCAGCUCAAUUUUUCGAAAUGGAUGCCUGGAAUCCAGGAGGGUCGGGCAACAAGCAAGGCGCAAGGCUGUUUAUACGGAAACUUGUGUCUUGUCGCUGAGACAAGUCUCAGAUCGGCAGUGACAUCGGGGAAACCCUACAGGGCUGGUCAGAGUCGUUGGUGCGACAGGACACGAAGAGACAGUUUGCAAUCAAGUCAACCGUUGUGCCUCUUCGAAGUCGAACAACGACCGGCAGCUCCGCAAUACCCAUCACACACACAAUAUACUCGAAAUGCAAACCCAGAAAUAGGAAAAUGCCUUGAGACUUGUCUUCAAGUUCCUGAAUGGCCAAGCGAUGGACGAGCUGGAACCAGGGUUCAUAAUGGGGCGUGGGGCUUGGUGAAUGCGCCUUGGUAACAGAGCCCCCCUCCCCCCUCAUUGAGAUUCAAGAAUGCCUCGUCAAGAAGGAUGGGUAUGCAUAGCACGAUAGAGCAAUACCAGUAUCCUGUAGUGCAUGCCAGUGCUCGGCUCAAGUAUCGCAGCAACAGAUAAUACCAAAAUCCAUAAACAUCAU